AUGUCCUUCUUCACCCGUAAACUGUCCAAACAGGACUCAACGCCAACCCAUGAGAACAGGAAGUCAUCUGCCAUGGAUGAUCCCGAAUGGAAGUCAAUCCUCGACAUCAAACAUGAGGUUCUGAAAGCUUGGCGUCUUCCGGACAAGGGUCCCGCUAUCCCCGUGCCAGAUGAUCAAGUUGGAUUCUUUUUCAACGACCAAAAAUACGUUGUGUUGAAGACGUUCAACCACAACAGAAAAAUGGCCUACAAUCUUCACUUCUGGAUGGGUAAGGAAGCGGCAGCGAAGGCAAGUCCAGAUCCACCAGAGAAGGUAGCUCAAGUGAUGGCUCUUUUGGAUGGAAAAGUUGUACUUUUUCGCGAAAUUGAAGAAAACGAAUCACCUGUAUUUAUGAAGUACUUCCGGGACUUCGGAAUUUUCUCCGGUGGAGAUGGCGGAAUCUUUGACCCCGAAAACCCGCAGAACUAUCGUCGACGUCUUCUUCAUUUCCACCUGAUGAAGGACGGCAAGAGAGUUAAUGUCACCGAAGUACACAUCUCGAGGCAAUCUCUCGGAUCUGGCGACGUCUACAUCCUGGACGAGGGCACAAAAAUGAUCCAGUGGAAUGGAUCGCGUUGCGACGACGAGGAACGCAUAUCAGCAAGAAAAUACAUCGAAAAUGCCCUGAAACAGCGGAAAACCAAGUGCACAUCAGAAUUCUUCGACGAAGAAGAUUUACUAGAUGUUAACGAGCUGUACACAAAACUCGGCAACGCUCCUGUACCACCUCGCCAAGUUCGUCUAUCCAAGAAGACCUUCCAGAAGAAGAUGUUCAGACUGUCGGAUGAAACAAAGAAACUGGUGCUUAACCCGGUGUACACUGGAAAAGUCUACCGCAACGGAAUCAAUCCAGACGACGUAACCUUCUUGGAUACCCUCAGACUGCUCUACGUCUACAUUGGACCCGGCGCCAACGAGAACGAACGAAACUCAGCGUGGCCACAGGCAGAUAAAUACCUCAAGGAGGCCAACACGCCGUACAAAGCCAUCGCCGUUUUCACUGCUGGCAGCUACUGUCCUGGCUACGAUGAGGUCUGGGAUGAUCGCCAAGAAUAG